AUGGCCGAACCACUAUCGGCUGUCAUAGCGAUUGUGAAGAGCACGUGGCAAACCGUUGAAUUCGCACGGAACGCGGCUCACGCCCAGAAUGAUGCCAAAAUACUAUGGGCGAGAGUUGGAGAUCUGACCAUAUUUAUCGACAAGAUCGAUGCGGUGCUACGAGACUACACCGAGCCUCUCGACAAUAGCGUCGUACAUAUCGUGCUUAGCGCUUUGACCGCAAGUAACCAAAUUUUGGAUAAGCUAGCUAGGAGAUGCCUCAAUAUUGGCGAUAGAGACGACCUCAGCCUCGUGCAUCGAAUUACUCGACCGGUAUACUUCACCUUAUCCAACAAGUCCAUCCAGAAGUUUGAGCAUGACCUCCAAACACACAUUAUGGUUUUGCAAACGGCUUUCAUCUUGCUCGAUAGAGGAGAGAACCAGGAGUCAAUCCGCAGGAUAGAAAGCCUAAUUAUGAGCCUGGGAGCGCGUUUCAGCCAAAUUGCGCAGUAUACCCAUUGGUCAUAUCAGGAUUCGAUAGGACGGCCUCAUCUAUCGGUACAAACACUCAUAGACAUUGGAGACCAGACAGAAGCCACCACAAACACAGCAACAGGCUUCCCAGGUUUCUCGCCUUCAGUCCAGACACAAAUGAAGAGCGAGAUCGGAAUUCCUAGUAGUCCUAUUGAACUGCUUACCCACCAAGAGACACGCGAAUGGGGCUCAGUCCAUCGGAAACCAUCUGAAACAGCUACGGAGAGUGGCAAUGCACAAACCGAGUGCAUUGCUGCAAUCAUUGAGGCUAUCGUGAACCAUUCUCCGGAUUUCGAGCAGGUUCUCGCCGAUGGUGUAGGCCUUGACGCGACCGAUGACCAAGGCCGUACUCCCUUGAUGCACACAAUUUUUCAGCACGGAAACAGGUGCAACGACUGCCUUGAUUGCAUGAAAAUGCUACUUGGGCGCAAGUUCAACGCGAACACGAAUUGCGAUGGAGAGACAGCACUACAUAUGGCUGUGAGAUACAAUCAUCUGGAAGCUGCCAAGAUGUUACUGCAAGGAGAUGCUGACGUCAACGCAUCAUUUCCAAAUACACCGUUACUAUUAGCCACAAAGGAAAACCAGAGCGCAUUCGUGGAGUUGUUCUUAGCACAUGGCUCGAAUCUCAAUGUAGCUGACGACAAUCAUCGGGGACUUGUCCACCAUGCUACCUGGCAUAACAGCAGUGAAGCACUCCUUGCUCUACUAAAGAACAACAAAGCUCUUGCACUCAACCUGGACCUCGAUGCUCGCUGCGACAUGGACUGGACGCCGCUCAUGCAUCUCGCCGAAAACGCACACUGGCCAGAAAACGUUCACCUAGCGCAUACUCUUCUCGAAUACGGAGCCGAGGUGGAUGCUGUAGAUAAGUGUGGGAACUCAGCUCUAUACUAUGCUGUAACAAUCGGGGCAGCAUCGCCGCAACGGAACAAGUUCGUGCAAGAACUAGUUGAUAGAGGUGCCAACGUAGACGCUGUGCGAUCAAAGGUUACAAAGCGCACCGUGAACAAGUUCGUUGCUUUGAAGCAACAAGCAAGCCCUAGGGGUGGUACGUUGCCAGCCAUGAGACCAAGACCGCUGCAGAGGCUAUAG